AUGUCUUCGCUCAGCCCCGAGGACGCGCCGCUGACGUCGCAGGGCAAGCCGCGGUCCCGGCCCGGGGGGCGGCGGCGCGGGGGCUCGGGCUCGGGCGACGCUGCCGCUGCCGAGGCGUCGGGCUCGAGCGGGUCCUCCACCGCCGGGGAAGACGACGGGUCCCCCGGGUCCCACGGGGAAAACGCGCGGCGCAUGCGACACGUCGCCAAGCGUUUCCUCGGUUCGUACUACAGGGACAUCAACGACGCUCCCGAGCGCGUCGCGAGGCACUACACGGACGCGAGCACGCCGCGCGCGACCACGCCGGUCGCCGGCGCCGAGCGCCCAGGCCGCGGUCGCGACACGCGUCAAUCCCAAUCGAACGUAAAAACCACCCCCGGGUCCACCACCCCCGGCGAAUACAUCGAGAUCGUCGACUUCUUCGACGGCAUCGAACCCGGGACGUCGCGGUCGCCCAUGCGCGCGCUCACCCACUCGGAUCCCACCGCGGAGGGCGUCGACGCGAUAGUUCAGCGGCAGCGGCGCAUGUUCCGGAACAGGCGCGUCUCCGUGGUCAGCGUGGACGUCAGGCCGGUGCCGUCGGGGGGGGACUCCGAAAACACAGCUGUGCACGGAGAGGGCUCAUCGUCUCAUCGCGAGCGGGUGAUGGCGGUGGUGCUCGGCAACCUGCACGCCACCGCCCAGGGUCCGACCGACGACGACGUUAACGGGGACGUGCAGUUCAUGCACACCUUCGUGCUCGAGCGGGGCCGGCGUCCUCGCGGGGACACGGCCGACGCCGGGGAUGAUGAGAACCUCGGCGACUUCAACGACCAACAGGAACAAUUCGCGAUUGUCGACGAGGUGUUCCGUCGGGUGGAUCCGGUGGGCGACGCGCGCGCGCCGGGCGGGCUGGCCGCGGGGGCGGCGUCGCUGCUCCGCGCGGCGCAAUCCCCGCCCCCGACGCGCGGCGGGGGGCGCAGCCGCGCGGGGCGACGCGACGGCGACGACGAGACCGGAACCUCCGACGGAGAAACCUCCUCGGAGUUUGGCGAAAAGGGAUCGCCAAAGAUUGCCAAAAACGGUGGCCAAACGCCAGUAGUGGACGGGCCCGAGGACGGCGGCGACUCGCCCGAGUCCACGAAGACACGAAAAACGCCGCCGGUCGACGACGGUUUGGACGACAGCGUGGACGAGGCGGACGUGUGGCUUACGAACCCGAUGUACGGCGACGUGCCGGAUACUAACCCGGCACCUCGAGACGCUCAAACAGAGGGUCAUAACACUCAAACAGAGACCCCUCGCGCGGUGCGAAGGGCGCCGGGCAGCGCGGAGGUGGUGCCGGAGUCGCCCGCGAUCAACUUUGCGUCCCCGAAUCCCUUCGAGGACGAGGCGGAGGGAGGAGGGGGAGGCGGGGUGCCGAGGGGGGUGCCGAAGCGGGGCGCCGACGGCGGCGCCCAGGGCGCCCGGAGCGCGACGCGGCCGAUGUCGCCCGACGCGAAUUCGAUUCCGUUUCCGUCGCGAAGCCUCCUCGGCGCCAACGGCCCUCACGUCCAACACGCGCCGCGCGCCAACGGAGCACGCCCGAACAGCGGCGGCGAGUCCAGGCUCAACCGCGUGUCCAGGCGGUACUCGCACGAGUUCGAGGACGCGGGAACGCGGCGGACGCUGUUCGACGAGUCGCCGUACGUCAACAGAGGUCGGGGAAAUCGACGAGACCACGACGAUUUCGACGACGAUUUCGACGACGACGAGGAGGAGGAGGGAUUCGGGGGUGCCGAGGGUGCCGAGGGUGCCGAGGACGCCGAGCACACGGAGAGGAGGGCCCGGCGGAAGGAACGGUCCGUCGCCGGUCCGCCGAGCAGCCGGUACCGCCGACGCGUGUACUCGUCCGCGUCGUCGUCGCCCGCGAUGUCGCACGCCGCCGGGCCGACGUCCGCGGCGCCCUCGCCGGGAUUCGAACCGGGAACAUCCGGGUUCGACCGCAACGCCUCACCCGCCGCGAAGCGGGGGCUCAACGCCAGGUUCCAGUACGACGCGCAGCCGUGGGCGAGCGCGGAGUCGGAGGGAGUCGGAGUCGGAGACGGGGUCGGCGUCGGAGCCGCGGCCGCGGCGAGCCCGAGCGGCCGGGGCGGUCCCGCCCCCGGGCCCCGCGCGCUCGAGCCCAUGGCGAGGUCCCCGCGGCUGGUCACGCUGACGGAACGCUCCGACGAGGGAAGCACCGCGGCGUCGAUGCGAGAAUCGGCAUCCGUCACCGAAUCAGCAGUCAACUCCGACAGCGAGCGGGGGUCCACGCGAAGCGGCGCCACCGCCGGAAGAGUCACCGCCGGUGUGCUGAGCGACGAAGAGGACCGAGGUUCGCUUCGCGCCCACCCCGUCGCCGAGGAUGCCGAGAUACUCGACUGGGAGGACGUCCGGGGGUAUCCCGCGCCCAACAACCGACCGAACCCGUCGGCGGCGUCGCCCGAUCCCGUCCCACGAUCGUCGUCGCGCGUGCGUCAUAACGGCUAUAACGGCCAAUCGCGGGGAUACUACUCGUCGCGCGACUCGCGUAACGGAACCCGGCGGUCGCAGCACGGGGACGAGUACGGCGACGCGGGUGUCGACCCGUAUCCGAGGUCGACCCAUACCCUAAGGGGUCCGCCCCCGGUGCGAUACGGGUCCUACCGGAGUUCCCACGACGACGUCCGUCCGUUUGGUGACGGCGGGUACGCCGGCGUGGGCGGGUACUCGCAGCCCGGGUCGAGGUCGAGCUCGCGCGGGUCCGCGCGGUCGUCCCGAGGGUUCGUCAGCCGCAGCCACGCGGGUAUGUACGGGGGGUUCGAUCGCGGCGGGGGUUACGACGGAGUGGCGGGUGAGGAUUCGUUUCGCCGUUCUUCCCUCGUUGGUUCGAUGCCGCGCGGGGGCAGAUCGGCGCCGCCGUCGCCGUCCAUGGGCGCGACGCGCGCGCGGGAGUUUGGCGUGCGCGACCGCACGCCGCGCGUCCGGCUCUCCUCCGCGGCUGGCGGUUUGCGCGGGUCGUACCGAAGGGACGAUUACGACUUCGCCACCGGAGCCUUCGAGUUUCACCCGCCCCGAUCGUCGGCGAAUACCACACCGGGGAACACCUUCGAAGAGUCCGAACAACCCCCGCAGCUGGAGGACGCGGUGAACUACCUCGGCAUGCUCACCGCGGCGCUGCACUUCACCGCGGCGGUCGUCGUCUUCGGGUUUCUGCUCGUCGCGGUGUACGCCAACGGUUCGGCGAUGACGAGUCUGUCCAAGCGACUCGACAGGCUGGACGGCGCAAUCGUCGCGGGGCCGGCUUCGGGAAACCUCGGCGGCGUGGGCGGGUGGGGCGGCGGCGGCGGCGGCGGCGGCGCGAGGAUGCCGAAGGUGGGCGCGAGCGUGUUCGGGGGGAGCGUGGUGGACGUGAGCGGCGACGCAAAGGCGGUUAAAGCGGCGGGGGGCGGCACAGCUGGCGCGCCGGCUUCGAGGCGGUCGGCGCCGAAAAUCGUCGACCUCGACUCGGACGAGCUCUGAUCGAGUCGGUGGGGGCGUGGACGUCCCGGGUUCGAAUCCCAUCUUCGUCUCUUU